CAGUUGAAUUUCCCAGUUGACUCUAAACUCUCUUUCCACAGAAAUGUAUUUAUUUUUGUUACACAAUAAAUUAAGUAGUACUACAAUUAGAUCUUAAUCACUAGGGGAGAUAAACUGUUUAAAAAAUAGCUGUUUUUAAUUUUAAAACAUAUAUAGACGAUAAAUUACAUGGUUUGAAUAUAUAUGUUCUUCUUAACCCUAACCCCAAUACCCCAACGUUAUUCUGACGUUACCCCAACACAAUCCUAACAUUUAAAAUUUUUUGACAUUUUCCUAGUUUUUUUUUUAUACCAAUUGGCUCCUCAUGGUCUGAGACAUGCUCCUAAAAAGCUCCUGGACAGUGAUUCUAACAUAAAUGCUGUUAAACCCUUCAAACGGAUUCAAACGGAUUUAUGGUUCAUGUUAGUAAUCUGAUCCUUUUAUGAAAUCUUUCUGUUGGCUUUGUCAUAUUUUUUCUUCAAUAAAUAAAUAAAAAACAUUCAGUAUUUUCAGUGAAUUUCUGGCUGUUGUACAAAUACGCCCUCUGUUGGCUCAGUCAGGUGGAACAGACUGAGUUGUUUUUUACCUCGCUGAGCCUCCUGAUUGGCCCUUUUCCCUGACAGCCACACCAAUCGACCAAUCGCUGCUGAGCUGAUGAGAGCGAAACGAAAGUCAGACUUCUUGGUUCCUCCAGCUGAUGGUCCUGGCGUUGGUGGUUCAGGUCUCUUUUUUGGACAUUUAACAUUUUGGAUCUGACGUUUGGUCUCACAUCGUCACCCAAGAACACGCCACAGCCGUCCAACCGUGGUCAAAGCGGUUUCCUUGGAUACCAGCGCGAGCUCGUGAGCCUGCUCCUCCAUUCAUGCUGUUGACAGGUUGUUAGCUUAGCCAGCUAGCUAACCCCAACUCACAGUUGGGUAGUGAGUUUUCGAGGAAAGUUUAGGCUCACUAGUUAAUUUUGCAGAAUCAAAUCAAUCUUUGCAUUUCUAUAAAAUCACAGAAACACUUUUAUUCGUUUGUUUUUGUCAUUUUCAGCCGAUAAAACGGACGAGUAAGUUAGUUUUUGUUUUGUUUACAGAGACUCAGAUGACCUUUUAGCUUUAAAAAGACACACUGACCUUUCUGGAAGUUUAAUAUUCACACUUUAAGCUGACAAAGGGCUGUUUUCCUCACCAAACCUCGAUUUUUACACGAAUUCACCCUCCUGAGUUUUCCAUUUUACAGAAGAUAAAUAUUAGCCAGAUUUUGAGUGACCCUUGUUGUGGAUAUUUGAAGAUAUUUACCUCACAUCUGAGAGCAUUUCUUCUCUUAAGCUCAAACACAUUUGGGGGAAAAGUUUGUUUUCUUCGUUUCCAAAUUAACAACUUUUGGUGGCAAAUGGCAGCCGGAAGUGACCUAUGGCGUAGAUUAAUGCCCCGGAAAUAAGAAGAGUCAUUUUAGAGCUUUUUAGUGUUUUUUGUGGACAAAACAUGCAGAAAACAAAACAAAAGCUAAAGAUAUGUUACAGUAUGCAGUUUUUAGAAUUCAGUCAGCUAAUAGGGAAAUAAAAGGAUGUGAGAAGUUAGUGCGUGACUAAAAAGGCUGUUUUUAUUUCCUUUAAAGAAAGUUUCCUUGUUUUCUGAAGAGCUCAGGGAUGUUAGAUGAUGAUGGAAGAACUUUAGAGAGUUUUAGUCUGCAGAGCUCCUCCAUCAUGAGUCUUCAGGUGUGCACACAGAGCAGAUCAUAACUAGGAUUGCAGAGGUUUUUUUUUUUUUUUGCUUAUAUACACGAUAUAUUAAUUCAAGACUCACUUUUUUAACCAGGCUUUUCACUAAUUGCCUUUUUAUAUUUCUCUUAUUGCAAAUUUAAUUUUGAUCAAAGUUCUUAAUGUUUAUUUAAUGUCAUUUUAUUUAUUAUCUCUGUUCUUCGUCUUUUUCUUAAUUCCUGUUGCAUAGGUUUUUACUUCUUUUUCCCCUUUUACAUGGUAAAGAUCUCUUACUUAUCUAUUUAAUAUUAUUUUCUUGUUUUGGUCCAGCAGGUUUUAGUCUCUUUUUACCAUUUUCUAUUUUUUAUCUCCAGUGUUUCCCAAAGGUAGCUCUUUCCUCACACUGUGUGCGCUUGUGUGUGUGAGUGAAAGUCUGUGUGUGUGCGUGUGUGUGCGUGUGUGUGUGUGUGUGUGUGUGUCCAUGGGUGGGAGGAUCGAGUGUUAUUGUUAAUUGUUUUAAGCCUCUGUGAGGCACUUUGAACGGCAUUUUUUUGUCUAAAAAGUGCCAUAAAAAUGAAGUUAAAUUUGAAUUAGUAUUUUAGUAUCAUUUUGACUGAUAUCAAUGCUGAUACACUUACUUUUACAGAACACAGAGGCUUUUGAGCCAUUUCCUGCUGAUAAUUAUGUCUCAAAAAUAUUUUUUGGCAGAAAUCUUUAUAUCUUAUGAAACCCACAUGUUUAGACCUUCUUAAAAUCUAGGGGUCAUUAAAAGAAAAAACAUAAGCUUUAGAGUUAAACAAGUAAAGCUAACAGAAGAAAACUCUUGAAGUAGAACACCAAGAAUUUUGAGAAUUUAUUGAACUAAACCAGUUAAUCAAGUUAAACAAAAGACAAAGUUGGCUAACAAGAACUGUCUGUUGAAAACCUCAAACUGAAGGAGUGACUUCAGGGAAUUCAAAGGCCAAAGUAAAAAAAACAAAACCCCCAAAUCUGACUACAAAAGAACAUCCCUUACCUGUCUGUAAGAAAAUCAAAAUCCAAUUCUAAACUCCCUGACCAGCCACAAAACAGGAGAAAACCAAGGUCAAACAAAAAAUGGCAGAGAUUCCCUUACCCUUCCUCCACCUCUAACUAAAAUGUUCAGCCUCAGCCAAUGUUCUCACAAAAUAAAAAUAUUAUACAAUACAGCACAACACAUCACAGCUCAGGAGUGGAGCGAGAGAGAGAGACUAAAGCCCUGGCUUGAGGAUCAUUUGUAACCUCUUAGAUGAGGCUGAUCAGCUUCAGCUGCUCAGACUCCUGAGGUGUGGCAGAAUCGAGAGGGGGAGGUGUGGAUGAGCUGCAACAUUAACAGGGUGAGAGAGAGAGAGAGAGAGAGAGAGAGACCAAACAGAAAUAAGGUUCACCCUAACCCCUGACAGCCUUUUGUUUGAGUAUUUUUUCAGCAAUUUAGGGAGAUAGAGAGAGAAGUGGGCAGGACAUGCAGCACAUGAUUGAGACCGGAUUCAAACACGCAGCCGCUGUGGGGACCAUGGUCCACAUAUAUGGGGCGCGCUUACCCAUUUAUCCAUCUACACACCCCUAAAUGUCCUCUCUUUUCAAAGAAUCAGACUUCAUCGAGCCCACAACAGACAGACACACACACAUAAAUAAAAUCAGGAUUAGUAAACCAGGUGGUUGUGGUGGUUAUAGACUCUGCCAUAUUGAAAAUUCAGAUUCACAGACCUGUGGGGGAUCCCAGACCUGAUCUUGGGUCACCGGUUUUUCAUUCAUUGGAACCAUAAUGAAUAAAAAAAGAUAAAUUCAGAUUUAGUAAUUACCCACAAGGCAAACUUGAGUCUAAAAUCAGCUGUAAAACAACAGGAAAUACUCAUAUUUUGAUGUUUUUCUUCUCCAGUCACCAUAACCUGAUGAUUGUCUGCCAGUUCAUCUCUAGAGGCAUUACAAACUCUCACCUUUAUGCUCACCUGAAAAGGCUCCCAGCCUGCCAGACCAUGACUAGACCAAGUUCAGGUACUUCUUUUACAUCCUCUACAAAUGCACAGGUUUCCACUCUUGAUGUUUCAUGUCACAUUUGUGUGAUUUUACUCAGAUCUGGCAGCGUUCAGGAAGAUUUUCUCCAAAGCCCAGAGCAUCGCCGUCAUCACAGGAGCUGGAGUGAGUGCAGAGAGCGGAGUCCCGACCUUCAGAGGAGCAGGGGGCUACUGGAGGAAAUGGGAGGCACAGGUGCGCAGUCACACUAUAACAUCACACUCUCUUUUGUUUGGAUUGAGACUAGUGCUGGGCGAUAGGACGAAAAAUAUCGUGGGCACGAUAGAAAAUGUCUAUCGUGCCAUUUUUAUUUUUAUCGUUUCGGGCGAUAGGCUGUAUUUUAUCCAUAGGGCUUGUGCCAUCAGAUGAUUCAUAGUAACAACAACAAUAAUUGCACAUUCAGUAAGUGUAUUUGGUGUCGAACGGGAAAGAAAACAAUAUUUUCUUUCAAAGAAAAGGAUGCGUUGACAUGUAGGCUUGCAUUUCUCUUUCGAUUUUGCGACAUGACGCCGCUUUACGUGCCCUCUUUGUGUCCAGCGCCUCCCGCCGUUGCGGGUUACCUGGGUUACACACGUGAGGGGAUCACUGUAAGCAGUGCUUAAUUUGUGCCGGAGCAAGUCGGAGCGCGAUCCGGGACCUCUUUUGAUCGGAUCCGGGACCUAUUUCAGCCGCUCCGGCACCUGUUUCAUCUGCUCCGGGACCUCCCUAUAGAGGAUGACAUUUUUCGGGAAUUCCCGUGGGUCACGUGAUUCCCGCGGGAAUCCCACGGGAUGGGAGUCAUUUUUUAAUUAAUCCCUUGAUCGGGACGGGACGGGAAAAAAAGCAACGGGAGUGGGCAGGAGCGGGAACAACAUUAAAAGAUGAUCUUUUUCAGCCGUGUUUAACAACCAGAUGAACAGGUGCGUCCAUUUUUGUAGUCAUCUCUCAGUGAGAGCCAACACUCUUGACCGCGCUAGCAACACAAAAGAACUACAACAGUGGUUUGACUUCCUGUCAGCUGGGAGCGCGGCUGCGCAUUUCUACCCUUCGAACCAGCAGCGAGGAAACGUAAUUUUGUGACAUUCUGUAGUUUUUCAAUCAUUUCUGGAGUCGUGGCGAAUCAAAUCACCUUACCUGUCUGCCCCUGAUAGGCGAAUAAAGCGCUCGGAUUCAUGCUCGGGUCUUGCUACGUGCUUCAAGAGUAAAGUAAACAAUGAUGGAGGCAGAGAGCAGCUUUGGAGGAGAAACAUCCAGCAGUGUGAACAACCUCUUCAAAAGAGCCCUAAAGACCUACCUUUUUAAUAAAGCCUUAGGUUAGCUUUCCUUUAUGCUUUAUGCUUUUACUACCUUUCCUCUUACAUUGCAACUCUAUAUUUUUUAUUUUUUUAAUUCUUUUUUAUGCCAAUCUGUGACUGUCAUUCUAUUGCUUUUUUAUUGUUGCUGCUCUUUUUUUACUGUGUACUGUAGCACUUAAAGAUUUUUUGUAAAUGUAAAGUACAUUACAAAUUAAAUUUAUUAUUAUUAUUAUUAUUAUUAUUAUUAUUAUUAUUAUGGAGUGCUUUGGCUCACACUAUCGGCGUUUUCUGUGAGUGUUGCAUAACUUUGGGUGAGCACAGACAUGAACGCGCUUCAGCCACGUAUUUGUUUAUUCAUUUUUCUAGUUUUAAGUGCUGGUCUUGUACUGGUACUGUACUAGUGCAGCUGUAUACACUUAAAUUUUUCAUAGAACUGAAAGCAUACCAUAGCUAUAUCGUGAUAUAUAUCGUUAUCGUGAUAUAAAAUGAUCCAUAUCGUGAUAUACAUUUUUUUCCAUAUCGCCCAGCACUAAUUGAGACUGACAAGGGAAGUAAAGUGUAGGAGUUUUAGCAGUUUUUUUUAAAUGGUAAACUGGUACAUUAAUCAAAAAUAUAUAAAUGGAACAUAAGUCCAGAUAAGUCCUCAUACUCUCCUCUAUUUAGCAGCUUUUUAAAUACGUGAAAAACUGCAGCGCGGCAUAUUAAACACUUCAUUGUGCAUUCCAGAGAUCUGCCAAACAGCGAUAAUCCUUCAUGAAAGAAAAUGUUUUAAUGAGAGUUCUUGCUCCAGACCCUCUUUACUGAGGUGUCUGUUCUCAUCAAGUAUUCCCGGGGAGUGCUCUAAAAGUUUAACUUUGUCUAAAAAUAGUCCAGACUCAGAGAGGAAACUGACAUACCUGAUUCCUUUGAAACUUCAUUCCUAUUCCGGAGUCAAGCUGUGUUUAUUCGACCCACAUUUCUAACGAGCUUUCGCGAUCGUGACUUUUGAAGGAACUUUUCUUUAGCACUAAUAGUUUUUGUCAGAAUUAAAUCUGCUUUUUUCUUCUUCCUUUAGAGUCUGGCCUCACCAGAAACCUUCUCCAGAAACCCUUCCCGCGUCUGGGAGUUUUACCACUACCGGCGCGAGGUCAUGCUCACCAAAGAUCCGAACCCCGCCCACCUGGCCAUCGCAGAGUGUGAGGAGCGACUGAGCAAACAGGGACGCACGGUUACGGUUAUCACUCAAAAUGUCGACAGGCUCCACCGGCGUGCGGGAUCCAAGAACAUCCUGGAAAUCCAUGGCAAGUGGAAAACGAUGAUUUUAUGUUAUGGGUGCAAAGAUAGAAGUUUGGGCGUGCUCUGCAAACUUUAAUAAUUUUGAUUAGAUUUUCUUUGUGAUGUGUUGUUUCAGCUCUAACCCGUCAUCUCUCUCUCUCGCUCAUCCCCCAGGCAGUCUGUUCAGAACGCGCUGCAUGAGCUGCGGUCAUGAAGCAGACAAUUACAAGAGCCCGAUCUGCACCGCUCUGGAGGGCAAAGGGUAAGAGCUUCAUCUGGUGUCAUCUGCCGGAUUGGACUGUUUUCCUCAGCGACGUGAAAACGCACCCCUAACAGAUAUGGAUCACUUUCAGCGUGUCAGAUGUCAGGAGCUUAAUAAUACCUGACGACGCAGAGGACCGGAGAAUCUGUGACUGUAAUGAAAUGUCACUUUAAAAAGCUGCUUAUCUGACAUUUAAAAAUGGAUGUUUUAAACUGCUAAUUAAUUACAUCUCCACUGUGAACAAAGUGACGCACGACCUGGACUACAAUGCAGAAUAAAGAUCAGCUCUGAUUAUGUAACGCGGAAACUGAUUUGUAUCGGCUGUGGUAACAGUAACUGGGAUUAAACUCUGAUCCUUUCAUAUGCCAAGUCCUGUUCUCUGCAAAUGGAGCUCAUGUGAACGUGUAAUGAAAUGAACUGAAAACGCUCAAAGGGACACUGUUCGCUCGUUUAGGAAAUGUGGGGCGAACGUUAGAAACAGAGAGUAAUGAUUCACACUUUUAAUAAAAGGAAAUCAGAGAGGGAGGUUUAUUCCAGACACUUUCAACUCAUUUUAAAGGGACAGUUUACUUCAGUGAGAAUAUUUGUCAAGCAAGAAUAAAGGGAGUCAGUAUGAGUCCAAGUAAGAGUCUAGAUUUUGUGUGGUUUUGUUAAUAAGGACUAUUGUGGUUUUCUUGAUCUCUUUGCCUCCUUUAGAGCUCCAGACCCAAAAAUCGACGACGCCAACAUCCCCGUCCAGAACCUGCCCAGGUAAACCCCACACUGAUGUGACUCUCACAUGUUUCCUGUUUCAGUUUGUUUCUCAUGUUCUGUCCUGUCACUGUUGGUGGUGUUUUUUUGUUCGGCUGUAAUGGUGGUGUUUUAGUGAGCCGGACUAAUCUGGACCCUGACAGAGCGGAAGUGAGCUUGGUUGUGUUUUUAUUUUGACUGAGCCUCACUGCAGUUACUGUGGCGUGGAUUUACCACGGCCGUCAUCACCAGUUAAAACAUGCUGUGUGAUUUCUGGACAAACAUGUCACAAUUUUAGUCAUGUAAAUAUAAAUGUUCUUUAUUUAUGCAGCCCUUUACAGCAACCCUUUCAGUGAACCAAAGUGCUUUACAAUACAUAAAAAUAAAAAAGCAAUAAAAACAAUAAAAACUAAAAAAAAAAAAAAGAAUAAAAUACAGUGCAAUAAAAUAAAGUGUCACCACGCUUCUGGAUAUUAAAAACCAACAUAAAUUUUUCAAUAAAGUUUUCAAUGGGGAUUUAAAAAGGCCCAGGUCAGACAUAAGUCUUAUUUCGGUGAGGAGUUUAUUCCAGAGUCUGGGACCAGUGACUGAAAAGGUUCGGUCACCCCGUCAGUGUUUGUGUUUUGACCUGGGCACCUCCAGCAGAAGUCGAUUUGACGACCUCAGAGCUCUACCUGACUCCCAAACGGUUAAAAGUUCAGUUAAAUAGAUGUGGGCGAGGCUGUUAAGAGCUUUAAAAACAAACAUUAAAAGUUUAAAAUCAACCCUAAAAGAGACGGGAAGACAAUGAAGAGAGCUGAGGACAGAAGUGACGUGAUCACAUCUGUUAGUGUUGGUUAAAAGACGGGCAGCAGCAUUUUGGACAAGUUGAAGGCGACUAAGAUAUAAUUGGGAGAUUCCAACAAUCUUGAACUGAUUAGAGCGUGGAUGGAUAUCUCAAGGUCGUGACGGCUUUAAAACAUUUUGACCUUGGCCAGGAGACAUAGUCAGAAGAAACUAGUCCUGAUAGAAGAUAAAAAUUUGUUAUUCAGGCCCUGAUCCGUUUACAUUUUCUAACACUGCAGUUGAACACGGUGAUUCCAGUUUUAAAUCACGCCCAUCUCUCCCAUUCAUGUGAUUUUGUUGAGGAUUAAAUAAUUGAAUGCUGCGUUCUCUCCCGUGUUUCCCUUUCUGAUGGAGUGCACAGACCAGCAGCUGUGACGCUCAUUGUUUCCUCUUAAGUGCUCCGGUUUUUAAAACACGAGUGUAUCCUGUAAUUAUUGUGUUUCAGGUGUGAGCAGAAAGGCUGUAAUGGCCUCCUCAGACCAGCUGUGGUUUGGUUUGGAGAGGCUCUGGACUCAGACAUCCUCACCAGAGCAGAACAAGUGCUGGACAGCUGUGACCUCUGCCUUGUGGUAUGUGUGUGCAUGUGUGUCCUUGUAUGUGUGUGUGUGUGUGUGUGCCUCGUGAAAUACAACACAGCCUCUAUGGCCAAGGUCAUUAAAGCCCUUUUCACACGUUUACUGCACUCCUGAACCUGUGUGUCGCCCAGAGGAGCUGCAUGUGAGAACGUACAUGUCUGAGUUUGUUGACCCGGACAUUACAUGGACGUUAUCCUGUCAGCGGGUCUCUGAGUGAAUUUAAGAGUGGCUGCAGCAGGUAAUUGUCUGGGUCACAGUGAGUGGAUGGAGUAUAGCUGCUUUAUAUUCCUGUCUGCACGCCUGUAUAUUGAUUUCAUUGAAAUAUUUAUGAUAUGGUGAUGUCCAAAUGCUCAUCAUUAGACACUUUACACGUGUUAAAUAUGUGAAAGGACAAGUCAGGACGAUGUGUUAACACCUGAUAUCUGUUAAUUCAUUUAAACUGAAACUUUGAAUCCUCGUCUGCAGGUCGGCACUUCAUCCGUGGUGUAUCCAGCAGCCAUGUUUGCUCCUCAUGUGGCGGCCAGAAAGGUCCCUGUGGCUGAAUUCAACAUGGAGAACACGCCAGCCACAGAGCGCUUCAAGUACGUUCGGUUUACUGUCAGAAAAAAAAACCCUCAUGUCGCAUCACUUUCACACGUUUCUGCCGCGUUAACAGGAAUCACAACAUUCGCUUUUUUGUUCCCACCUCAGGUUUCACUUUCACGGACCCUGCGGCUCCACGUUGCCUCCUGCGCUCGCACGCCACGAAACUGAGACUGAGGAGGACUGAAGUGAAGUCCAGUGCUAAAGCUGCGAACAGACCAGACUGUCUAACACUGAAGGAAUUUAUCGGUACAAAAACAAUGGAGGACGUUAAACACUACAUUAUAAGCAGCAGCACGCAGCACUUUAAGCUUUUUAUCCCUCCUGUUGUCCUCAAGUUAAGACCUACAUCCCAUGUCUCAAGGGUCACACUGUCCCAGUCCGCACUGACUGGGGUCUUUUUGACCCAGUGAAAGGUCCUGUAGUCCUCACACAGUAAAAAAAAAUAAAAAUAAAAAUAAAUAAAAAAAUAAACCUGCAUCCCACGUCUCAGGGGUCACACUGACUGGGGUACUGACUGGGGUCUUUUUGACCCAGUGAUGACUGGGGUCUUUUUGACCCGGUGAAAAGUCCUGUAGUCCUCACACAGUAAAAAAAAAAACCUGCAUCCCACGUCUUAGGGGUCACACUGUCCCCAAUGUGGAAAUAUAUACUCACACACAUAUAGUAAUAAUAAUAAUGAUAAUAAUAAUAAUAAUAAUAAAAUUAACAAAUUAAUAAUAAUAAUAAUAAUAAUAAUAAUAAUAAUGAGCAGACGGAGGGGAGGCGAGAGAUGACCUGAUAUCUCUAGCCGAUACCACACUGUUGAGCAAUGAUGUUUUGAUCAGAAGGACAAAGUUGAAUUUUAUGAUGAAUGACGAGAUGUCCUUUGAGGAUUGGUACAGCUACUAUUAUGACUUUUAGCCAUAAAACAAUGUUGUGUUGUAAUCUGUGGUGUGAUGUGCACAAAUAAAGUCAUCAUCUAAAGCAAAAUUGCCA